UCUUCACACCACUGCCUUUUGAUUCCACACAAACCCGCUUCCUCGCUCAGUCGCGUUUUGAUAGUGCUACAUCGUCUACGUUACAUUUCAUCUUCCACAUUUUAACUUGAUCUAAAAUGGCCUGCUCAGUGAGUGAUUCACCCUCCCUGAAAGACCUACCCAAGGUAGCCACAGAUCUCAAGAGCCAGCUGGAGGGCUUCAACACCAGCUGCUUGCGCGAUGUCGACACAAAUGAGAAGAUCGUACUUCCCUCUGCUGAAGACUUAGCAAAAGAAAAGCAACAUACAGCGCUACUGCAAGGCGUAGAGCAAUUUCAAACUUCCUCGUUGCGACGGACGGAAACCGUCGAAAAGAUUGUACUCCCUAAUGCCCUAGAUGUUGCCACAGAGAAAAAUCAAAAGUCCUUAUUCGACGGCAUCGAAAAAUUCGAUGCUACCAGGCUGAAGCACACGGAAACUCAGGAGAAGAAUCCUCUCCCCGACAAAGAUGUUGUAGCAGCCGAGAAGGCACACCAGAACCUCCUUGACGGCGUGGAACAUUUUGACAAGACACAGAUGAAACAUGCGACAACAGAAGAAAAGAAUCCCUUGCCGCCAAUUGAAGCUAUCGAGGCUGAAAAGGAAAAGAACAAAUUCCUGAACGGCAUCGAGAACUUCGAUCCCAGCAAGCUGAAGCCAACAGAGACAUGCGAGAAGAACCCGCUACCCACCAAGGACGUGAUCGAGCAGGAGAAGACUGCUUGAACUUCCAUAUAUAUUACUCGCAACUAUAUCUCGCUAAUAUCGCCGUAUUUUAAACUAGAUAUAAGUUAAUGGCCGCGUUUGCGAUGCCCACUGGUAUACUGUUUAAAGCGUUAUUCACACAUCCUCGGAUUGUUGCUUUGGGGCUGUUCAAGUAUCACGUAAGCAGAUUUAUUACAAUUAUUUACCCCCCAUCCCCCUUGUCAGCAAAAGUAAGCAAAGCUCUUACCCCUCCCCCCAUGCUUACGUAAACAUUUCUCAAUUAAUGUAUUGUUUUUUUAACAAAGACAAUGUGAGGGUUGCCAUUCGUGUAAAAAAGUAAAUUACGACCGAUGACGUAAUCAUCAUACAGACUCCCCCACCCCCAUGUCAUCCAAAAUAAGCAAAGAAAAGACCCCCCGCCCCCUAUAGUGCCUACGUAAUACUUGAACGGCCCCUUUCGAGCUGUUGGCGGAUCAGAAUUACCCGUCAGGGAAGUGCCAUCUGCCAUCCAUGUGCAUCAUGCAUUUCAGCGGAAAAUUGAUUGAUACCAAUUUUAAUAAUGACUUUAUCGUACAGACGUUGCUCUCUCCGUAAAACAUAAACCUAAUGAAGAAGACAUCAGCGAGGUUGUCUUCUCUCUCACUGUACGCCUUUCUAUAAAUGUUAUGAAAAAGUUAAAUAAAUAGUUGUUUCGGUGGCAUGUAACUUCUGGAGUAUCAUUAAGAUUCAGUAAAACCACGUGACAUGUUCAGAAUGUAUGCGAGUAAUUUUUCUCGUUUCUUACCUGACGAAUACUGACUGGGUUUGAUGUGAAGAUGUGUGGAUGCCGCUCAAUACCCAACUGGCCUACGUCACCUGCAAAGCAUCGCAAACUGGUUCUUAUCAUUAGUAUAUAGGAACCGAAAUUUCUAUGUCACUGUAACGUAUAUAUUUUAGUAAGUGUAUUUUAUGAGCAUUUUAUAAUUUAAUUUAUAUUGAGACGUAUAAUUAAGUAUUAAUAAAGUCCAGUACUGAUUUGUGUAAGUUAUAAACACUCCAUUUUGAUUAUUCAGUUUGUGAUUGUUUUAUAUUUAGUUGAGGUAUUUUAAGUGUUUAUGCGAUUGCAACUGUUGGUAUGUAUGUGAUGCCUCUGGUCAAAUAAAUUAGGAGUGUAGUUACCAAGACUCAUUUGGUUCUAAAUUAUUAUACCACAAUUUUUAUUUUAUUAAUUUCUUCUGCAAAUGUCGACAGAGAUAUAAAUAAAACUACCAUCAAAGUAUAAUAAUACUCGCUCAACUCUGUCAGACAUAGCAUUCGGCCUGUUUCUAAAGCAAUAGUAUGUAUCGUUUGAUAAAAUAGUGUGUAAACAAUAAUAUUUUAUAAUGUCGUAUAUAAAUGAAUAAUUUUUCAAUUUUAUAAUUACUUAUAACGCUAAAGAUGCCAAUAUUUGAACCGUUUUUACCGGAAUUUUGUAUGUUUUACAGACGGUGCUUUUUUAUAAAUAUAGAUUGGAAAAUAAAA